AUGAUACAAUUGAAGGAUUUGCAGAUGAACGGACCCAUUGGGAACCCCGGAGUUAGCCACAUGCAUGGUGCGACGCAAACAUCACCGCCGGUAGGGACGGCCCCGAAACCGAAACCACACAUUUGUCCUGAUUGCGGUCGUGGUUUUGUACAGAAACAUGGUUUGUCUCAGCAUCAGCGGCGUCACACGGACGGCAGUUGCCACAUAAAGUCACACGUUUGUGACAAAUGUGGUAAAGCCUUCUACCAGAAGAACCAUUUGUUGUUACAUCAACGCCAACACAUGGAUCCACCACCGAGUAUACUUCGGCAACAACAAAGGCAAGCUGCCCAAGCUGCUGCCCAACAGGCGCAACAGCAACAACAGCAGCAGCAGCAGCAGCAAACCUGCACUGUAGAUACAAAAGCAAUACAACAAGUGCAACAACAAGUUCAGCAGCAAGUACAGCAGCAACAGCAGCAGGUACAACAACAGCAGGUACAGCAGCAACAAGUGCAACAGCAGCAGCAGCAAGCAAUACAACAAGUGCAACAACAAGUUCAACAACAGGUACAGCAACAAGUACAACAGCAGCAGCAGCAACAACAACAGCAACAAGCGUGCUCUGUGGACACUAAAGCAGUACAGUUGAAUGUUAUUAUGUGA